AUGGAAAUGAAGUGGACGAUGCGGUAUUUUACGAAGCGGGCAGUAUAUUGGGAAGGUCUGAGGGAUCUAAGCGCCGAUGGUAAGCGCUGCUAUGCUUCCCGCCAAGCAGCCAUGUGGCGAGGAUUCCACGUGCAAGCCUUAUCGGAAUGUCAACUUUCCGGCGCUAUUUAA